GCAGAAAUGAAAAUUAUCGGAUGUAUACCUUGGGAUACGGUGGGAUAGGAUUUAAUUUUUAACCGACUUAAAAGCAAAAUCUCUCUUGCCCUUUUCUUCCUACCUAACUGUCAUCCUGAUUGAUCUUCCAACUCUCUGUGAUCUCGUCGGUCAGUUGCCACUGUCGGUGCCACUCCGUCGAGGUUCACUUCGUCAAUCGUCCGUCUCAGUGAUUCCUACACGUUUCUUCUUUUCUGGCAUUGAGCUACUUAUUCCGGUUGCCAUAGCCGGUGCCACUCUGUCGAAUCCUCUGUCUUAUCCUAACCUGCAUCCUAAACGUGCUGGAAAAGCAUAGGAGAGAGUUUAUCUACCUCCACAUGUCUUGAAGAGUUGAGUAUAUGGUAUUGUAAUAGUCUGACGUCCCUUCCGAGCCUCCAUGGGCUUUACUGUCUCCAGACUUUAUCGAUAUGGUAUUGUGGUGGAUUAAGCAAUUUGCCAAGUGGGUUGCCAUCAUGCACUGCUCUUGAGGAAUUGGCUAUCGCUGAUUGUGAUAAUCCAAUCUCCAUUCCAGAUGAUUUGAGGAGGAGCUGGAGCCUUCCUCGCCUGAAGAAGCUGACUAUUGGCGGUUUCUCAACAAAGCUCCAGGAAUUUCCAGAUCUGGGCUUCAUCGGAUCCUCUCUUGAAGAAUUGACUUUGAUUGCAUGGGGACAACCAAGAGAACAUCUGCCGGAUCAAAUUCAACACCUAACUGCCCUUGAGAGUCUCGACAUUAGUGAUUUUGAUGGACUGGAAGCUUUGCCAAAUUGGUUUGAAAACUUAUCCUCUCUUCAAGUUCUGAAGAUUUCCAACCGCAAAUCUCUGAAACAUAUGGAAGCCAUCCGAUGUCUCUCCGAAUUAAAAUGGCUUUCUAUUUAUAAAUGCCCUGAGUUAUGCGCCAGUGGAAGUGGUUCCGAGUGGGACUGCAUCUCUCACAUUUCGGAUAUCCGCAUAGACGACAGAUGGAUCCAACAAGAUGGAGAUCCCACUGAGACUCGUAUUUGGCUACAUCAGGAUGAUGAUAAUGAGCAAUUACCAGUGCGGGCUACAGGGUUGAGACACUUCAUUUGUUGCAGAAACUAGUAAAAGAGAAAGUAAAACAAGAUUCAAAAAUUGAAGGCAGGCAUCAUGGCUUGGUAGCCCAACCCAGACCAGACUUCAAUGCUGAUUGUGAGGUUAUAUUUUAUUUGCCAAAUUAAAACCUAUUAUGCAAUUGGUAUAGAGUAGCAUCAAAGUUUACCACUGAACUCACCAGUCUUAUUCUACUAGUGCAUCACUUCUUUCUUCUACCAACUUAACUAUGUGGAAGGUUGUUGCUGAUUUUUUUAACCUUUGUAAAUUUGGUCCUUCCAAGCAUUUUUACUUUCUCUUAAUGUUUUGUAUUUGCUUGUGCAGGAUGAAAAUAAAAUUCAAAGCUAGGCAUAAAAGAGGAUACAAUUUUAAAAAAUGAAGUUGAUCAAACAAGUAUUGUGAAUGCAUGCAGGCCUAUCAAAUGUCAAUUAUCUCAUUCUGUAUAAGAUUUACUUAUCUGAUGUGUAGAUAAUGUAUGUUGUGUAUAAAGGCUGCAUCAUUUUGCAGGCCUCUGGUUCUUCAAAUUAACCUGCAAGCAAUUAGUCUCUGAAACCUUAUGUGAUGUUGGUGACACCUUGCUGAAAAGCCAAGCACAACAAUCACCUCAAAAACCAUGGAGACCUUUUGAUUCUUAUAAGAUCCAUACAUGAAUUCAGCUAAACUGUACUUGUAAAAAUUUCUUUCAAAAUUUGACUGCAUCUCUAUGAUCUGAUGCAUUCUUGAUUUAAAAUUUUGUGAGCCUCAUUGUUUUUCACCUUUUUUUUUUGGUAAUGUUAUACUUCAGUUACAAGUAUUUUUUUGAUUAAUUAAAUGAUUGGUAUUUGA